CUCUAUGAGAUGCUGAGUGACCACUCUAUCCGCUCCUUCGACGACCUUCAGCGUCUGCUGCAUGGAGACUCCGUAGAUGAAAAUGGGGCUGAGCUGCACCUGAACAUGACCCAAGCACACUCUGGAGGCGAACCAGAAAGCUCUUCUAGAGGAAGGAGGAGCCUAGGUCCCCUGGCAGCCGCAGAGCCCGCGGUAAUCGCCGAGUGCAAGACGCGCACAGAGGUGUUCCAGAUCUCGCGGAACCUCAUCGAUCGCACCAACGCCAACUUCCUGGUGUGGCCGCCCUGCGUGGAGGUGCAGCGCUGCUCUGGCUGCUGCAACAACCGCAACGUGCAGUGCCGAGCCUCGCAGGUGCAGAUGCGGCCGGUGCAGGUGAGAAAGAUUGAGAUCGUGCGGAAGAAACCGAUCUUCAAGAAGGCCACAGUGACCCUGGAGGACCACCUGGCCUGCAAGUGUGAGACAGUAGUGACCCCUCGGCCUGUGACUCGAAGUCCUGGGACAUCCCGGGAGCAGCGAGCCAAGACGCCUCAAACUCGGGUGACCAUUCGGACGGUGCGAGUCCGCCGGCCCCUCAAAGGGAAGCAUCGAAAAUUUAAACACACACAUGACAAGGAGGCAUUGAAGGAGACCCUUGGGGCCUAGGGGCAUCGGCAAGCGUGUGGGCAGGGUUAUUUAAUAUGGUAUUUGCUGUAUCGCCCCCAUGGGGUCCUUGGAGUGAUAAUGUUGUUCCCCCUGUCCGUCUGUCUCGAUGCCUGAUUCGGACGGCCAAUGGUGCUUCCUCACCCUGCGGCGUGCCCCGGCCACCUCCACCAGCAGCAGCCCUCCGGCCUGCCCUGCGGCUCCAGAAGCAAACAAGGGACUCCAUUCCAUGCUGCUUCUUCCUGUGACCCCAAGAACCUGGGUCAAGUGUGCAGGAGCCUCAGGGGGGGCUUGGCCUGAGGACCUCUGCAUGUCCUGCCUGGUUCCUGGACCCCUGGCCAGCCAGCAGGGAACACUUUCAGGCAGGCUAGGGUCCCUUGUAGUCCCGUGGCCAAGGCCACGUGGGGGAACAUAGACGAGGAGGAGCCCUCAUGGCACCCAGAUCUGCCACUCAUCUCCCCCUGUCCCCUCAGCCCGUAGUGGCGUUUCAUUUCCUAAGUAUGAAAUCAUGGAAGAUAUGAACUCCUCUGGGCAGGUGGCCACACACACGCCUUCUCUGAUGGAUUGGAGGUGCAGUGUGCUUGUGACCUGGGCCACGCCCCCUGCCUCUCUCCACCUCCCCUACGUUCACUUCUGUUCAUUUCUCUACCUCCACUCCAUGUCUUCUUCCUCAUGUACCCUCCAGUCUGCUCCACCGUGGGGUGCUUGGAUCCUGACUGAGGCUCUGAAGGACCCUGUCGUUCUUCCUUAGGACAGGAGUCCUGCCUGUCACUUCCCUCACUCGCACUUACAAGACUGCCGAGUAAGGCUGUGUGGGAUGCGUGCUGCCCGUGGGCACUGCAUGUGGAGGAGUCUGUUCACACCCUAAAUACGGCCAAUUUGUCUAUUUAUUGGGACUCUCUGGCAGAUGUAGGUCAAGCCUCCGAGGAAAGGAAGCCUUGUUUUCAUUCAUACCGAGGCCCUGUGUGGACUGGCUGUGUGUGUCCUGACCAAGCCUGAAGCUCAGAAGGAGCUUGUGGUGCUGGGGAAGCAGUGCACUCGAUGGCCUCUUGCCUCCGCUUCCCCCGCCUCCGCUUCAGCUGUCCCGGCAGGUGUGGGACGCCAGGUCAUCCCCAAGGGAGGGCCAGGCAGCCCUUAUUGCCCUCUCCUCUGCGUAUACAUUACCCCUCAGAUCUCUGGUGGUUUUACCUGGUGGCUUCUUCCAGGAAGCUAGCGGGUAGACUGGAAGUGGGAGAGGGAGAACCCUAGAGCCCUCAGGAGGACUGGGGUUGAUGCACCCACCUUCUGCCCUUCCCCUUCCCCGCAUUUUUCCUUCCCCCUCCCAGGUCCACUUCCUUCAGUUUGUAAAGUUGGUGAUUAUAUUUUUGGGGGCUUUCUUUUUAUUUUUUAAAUGUAAAGUUUAUUUAUAUUCCGUAUUUAAAGUUGUA